ACCUCAUUGGUCUUUACUGUUUACCUUUUUUUUGAUACAACUUUUAUCCAUGUUUGUUUGGAGUUUUAUUGUAAUCCCUUUUCAUCAAAUCAACCAUCAAUCAUCAAACAAAACUAUUAUCAUUCUCAUUGAAUAACUUGUCAUCAUUACAAUCAUUUGGUUGUUUUCACUUUUAUUUUAUAACCUUUUCUGAUUUUGCAUGUUGCAAAACAUCAAAUUGUCAUGUUUAUAUUACAGAUGAACAUAUUGAAAGGUUGAGAUUGUCAAAGGUUGAAAGGUAAAGAAGAGUUAAUUUAAAGUCAAGUUUUUCACUUUUUGAUUUGUUAUGUUGAGAUGUUUUACUUUGUGCAACUGCUUUUGGUGUGUUUGAUUUGAACAAUAACGUCGUUAUCAUGUCAACUGUACCUUGUUCCGUUACAACCGAGUUGUCCGGUAAUCUGACUGCAAGUCCAAGUCCAUCGUUAACUACCAUUUGUGGAUUUAGUUCAUCCUAUGAGACUCGCUUCGUUGGGUCAACCUAUCCUCGAUUGAAUGGUAUUUAUGGUUCCUCACCUUACUCGGAUAAUGCCAACUAUAUGAGUGCUUUUGCUGCAGCAACAGCAGCCGGUCCAGCAUCAAUUUAUCCAUCAUUGGGAUCAACAUCAAAUUAUGAUAUUAAAGAGCAACCAGUGAGUAAUUGGACUCACAUUCCGCCUCCUUCGUGUUAUCCUUAUGAUGGAAGCCUUUACAACUCUUAUGGUAACCGACAUGGAGCCAUGGAGAGUGCAGCUCGACGUAAAAAUGCAACUCGUGAAACGACAAAUACUCUCAAAUCAUGGCUUUAUGAGCAUCGUAAAAAUCCUUAUCCGACCAAAGGGGAAAAGAUUAUGCUUGCAAUAAUAACUCAAAUGACACUGACUCAAGUGUCAACUUGGUUCGCCAAUGCCCGAAGGCGAUUAAAAAAGGAAAACAAAAUGACCUGGGAACCUCGAAGUAAAACCAAUGAAAAUAUCGAGAUUAAAGAUGAGAAAGAUUCAAUUACUGGAGACGAUGGAGACGAGGAUGAAGAUGAUGACGGUAUGAGUGCAUCGAUGGACAAUUGUGAUGAUAGUAGUAAACAAAAGUGUCGUCGACUCGAUGAACCAACUAAUGAUGACCAUUUAUCUAAUGAUGUUGAUACAUGUAAACCCAGUUAUACUUUGGUUAACCGUUCAGAUGAUAUUGAAGUCUCUGCAAAUGAAAAUAAAUCACAACUCAUGAUCAACACUCAUCACGGUCAUCCAGGUUUUAACCCUUCCCAUCCUCAUUCCCAUCAUCACCAUUCCACCCUUCAUCCCACUCACCCAACUCACCUGCAUCAUCCCAACCAUAGUCAACAGCUUCAUCCCUUUUCCCAUCUAAGUCAACAUCAGCCAACCGAGUCACCUCACUAUCCAAGUCACAUCAAUGGCAACCUAUCCCAACCUCAUCUGUUUCACUCACAUCACCUUCAUCAUCAUUUACCUCAAGCAUCACAAGCCUCUCAAGUGAUUCCAGUCUCGACUGUAAAUCACAUUCAACCUCAUUUCCAUCGUCCACAUCCCACUGGACACAUUAAGCAAGAACUUUCAAACGAUCAGAUUGACAUGAGACGACUUGAUGAUUUGGCCUCAGCUACAACUGACAUUCAAAGACCUAAAAUAUGGUCAUUGGCACAAACAGCAACUUCAUCAAGUCCACCUUAUCGAGAGUCACCAUGGAAUCCAAUGAAAGAAUCAAAAAAUGAAGAUCUUCUCUCACCACCACCUGCAUCUUCAUCAUCCUCCUCCUCAUCAUCCUCACCUUCAUCAUCAACCACAACCUCAUCAACUCCACCAAUUUUACAUUCCUUAAACUCUUACAAUGCUGAACGUCAUCUGAUUGAAAUUAAUUCAGAGUCAAGUGAGUCUCGAGCUUUAAAUGGUUGCUUUCCAUCUAAACCAAAUUGUCUUCCAACAGCAACCUCAUCCCUAUCAUCAUCUUCACCAGUCACACCAUCAUCAUCAUCAUCAACAACAGCAAGUAAAGCAAACAAGUCAACUUGGAAUGAAAGUCGAAACUGUAUUUACAAUGGAAAUGGUUCAACAGUAAAAACACCGGCAACAUCAGUAACAACAGAAGCCACAAACAGUGUUGUGAUUACAUCAACCGUUUUAUCAAACACAAUUAACCACAAUACAUUAAGUCCCAUUUGUAGUGGAAACAGUUCAAUUAUUAUUCCAGCCAAUGUUAAUAUGACUGGUAAUAUAAAUGAUAAUGGUUACACUAGGAGUAACAAUAAAGAUGAGAAUAGGUCAAUGUUGGAUAAAAUGAAAAAAGACAAUCAAUCAAAAGAUUUACAAUAUCUGUCUUCAUCAUCAUCACCAUCUCACAGUCAAACUCAUUCCGAAUUCACAUCACCUCAACCUCCCAUCUCUGGAUCAUCCUCAUCCUCAUCAUCAUCAUUAACAACAACCUCAUUGACAACAACAAUAGCAUCAACAUUAAAAACAACAACCGCUCGAUCAUCUUCAGUCUCAACCACAUCUUGCUUAUCAACUUCAAUAACACCCGUUGCCUCACCAUCAGUCUCAACCUCACCCAACAUCUACAAUCAUCUCGGUCCAACAAAUGAUCGAGUAACGCCUUUAACACGUCUUACAGUGGCUCCACUGACUCAACGCACUGGCUUCAUUGAAGGACCUUCAACCAACUUGCACCAUCAACCCUCUUCGGUACAAGUAAACCCUCUUCAUCAGCCUCACUCUCACCAUCAUCUGCAUCAUCAGAGUGCACUUUCAUCUUCUUCUCCCUCAUUCACAUUGAAAUCAUCAUCAUCGACAAUUUCACCUUCUUCAUCGUCCUCUUCAUCAUCAUCUUCUUCAACAACUUCUCUAGAUCAUCUUUCCUUCACUUCUUUUACAGACAAUUUUCUUAAACAGCGAAGCAACACUUUUCUGGGCAAAGUUUUCUCAGACUAUGUUUCCAGUUCGGCCAUCAAUGGUAUCGAUCCACAGCCCAUGGAGAUUGGACAAUUGACCACCCUAACCUCCUCCUCUAAUGAACAUCUGUACACACCUGAAGUUUCCCCAGUCAAGGAAUAUUCAUCCAGUGAAAGUCACUCUGAACACCAUAAAAGACUGUUGACCCAUCCAAAUGGUUCAACCUUUCAAUCAUGUGGACUCAUUUACGGAAACUGACACCUUACAACAACCAAUCAAUCUAACUUUUAUUCAUAGCAAAAGAAUCUCGGUGAGAGAGAGAGAGAAAAAAAAGUUGCUUCAAGAUUCUUGACAAAUAAUGGCAACAGGGAUUGAAAGACACUUGAUUUCAUCACUCCCAGUAUUGACUUGAUGCUUAAUACCUAAUGUGAAACAACAAGAAAAACACUUUCAAACCAUUGAUAAAAAAACACUUGAAUAGCGAGCUUAAAUGGAUUAACCAAAGAAACCUGAAUCUCCACUUAGACGAUAAUCUGGGUAAAAAAAGAGCAGAAAGCAAUUUUAGAGAAACAAAAAGUCAAAAAAAGGAGAUUUAAAACAGAUUCAUGUUUAACAAUAUUCAUGUUGAUAUACAAAGUGUUUGUGUGUAAAGAAAUCUCAAAUUCAUCAUCUUCAUCCUCUCAUGACUAGUCAUCAUCAAGAGCAUAAUACAAACAACAAACAAAACUCUUUAAUAAAACAAAUCACUGUAAAAAUAAGGCAUGAAAUGGAGACAAAUUUUGUAAUAAAACAAAAGUGACUUCCGUAACUGUCAUUGUAUUCAAUAUGAUAAUAAAUUAAAAUGGGAAUUGAAAUAA